ACCAUUUAUCUUAAUUUUUAUGUUGACACUGAUGAAAGGAUAUGGCUUCUACUCUAAACAAAUUUAUUUUGAGAGAAUUUCAUUUCUGAUUAUUUAACUAGGAGAGUAAAUAUCAUUUUUAUAUUCUCACCAAAAGUAAAAUAUUGCUGAAGGGUCUUGCUACUUUGUCCUCACCCAAUUCCCAAAAAGACAGAGUACAGUCUUCUUAUUCCAGACUUCAAGAAGCUGAAAUGCUGGCCUUCAGAUGAGUUAUGUUGAGUCAAAUCAGUUAUCCCUUACUUUUCUUUUUUUGCAAUAUGUACUCUGCCAUUUUGUUUUUAACUCUGUGCCUCAGGAAAAAGUUUUAGAGGUUCAGAAAUGGUAACUUUUCAAAUUUCAAUACUUUUCCAUUAUUUAUUCCUUCCUGGGGCAUAAACAGAAAUUAAAUUGUUAUGGAAACUACAUUUCUAUCAGCACGAGGUAAAUGCAUAUUCUGUACUUAAAACAUACAACCUUCAUUAAUGUAGUUGGCUCAAGAGGCUACAUAGAUAUGUGCAAAUAAUAAAUUUCUAAAUAUAUGUAUAAGUAGACUAUAUAUAAAUGUAUAUGCACAUAUGCCCAUACACAGAUAUGAGAACAUGUGCUCUGAAUAUAAAGUCAAUAAACGGUAGAGUUCAGUGAAAACUUUAAGAACCUGAAUACCUUGGUGAGUUCCCUAUUAAGGACACUGAAUAUCUCAAUUGCUUACUCAUUUCUUUAAAAAAUCUUGCCAACUAGUUAAUUUAUCUGCUCAGCUUGUCAGUAGAUACUGAAAAGAAGCAGGAAAGAGUUGAGAUUGUCCUUGUUUGGUUAACAAAUUUCCCUGCAAAACAUCUCCCCAAACCCCCAGGAGCUAUGCUGAUGUCACAUCCGUUGCCCAGGUUUCCAUACCUCUCCCAGCAGUUACUCCUCAUUUCUCUCUCUUUUUCCCUCUCCCCCCAACCCUCCCUUUCCCUCUCUAUUUCUCUCUCUUUUUCUUUUAUUCCCCCUUGGGUGAAAACUUUUUCAGUGGGCUAGCUGGUUAGCUGUGAGGGAAGAGAAGGAGCAGUGGGUUGGAGGAGCUUCAGCACCACGGGCAGCGCCUGCUGCAGCCUUGCCCAUCCCGCUAAGCUCCUGGACUCCCAGCUCUGAGGAUGCCUGCGGAAUGAUCACCCCCCAGGGCGGCUGCUGCUGCUGGUGUUGCUGUUGCUGCUGCUGCUGCUGCUGCCGCUGCUAUUGCUGCUGCUGCCCAGUUCCUGCUGGUACUGCUUCUGCUACCGCCACUGCUGCUGCUCCUUCCACUCGGAUUCUGACUGGCAGGCAGAAAGUGCAACUGACAGGAGAAGGGUCCCUGCAGUGAAAGUGGAGUAUCUGAAGAGAGUAAAGAGGAAAAGAAACCCAGAGCAGAAUGCAGGCGCCGUCCAACCUCCUCAACCUUCUCCUGCUUUCUUUGCUGGCUGGAUUGGAUCCUUCCAAGACUCAGAUUAGCCCAAAAGAAGGGUGGCAAGUGUAUAGCUCAGCCCAAGAUCCUGAUGGAAGAUGCAUUUGUACAGUGGUUGCCCCAGAACAGAACCUAUGUUCCCGGGAUGCAAAAAGCAGACAACUUCGACAACUGCUAGAAAAGGUUCAGAAUAUGUCUCAGUCCAUUGAAGUCUUAAACUUACGGACUCAGAGGGAUUUCCAAUAUGUUUUAAAAAUGGAAACCCAAAUGAAAGGACUGAAGGCCAAGUUUCGACAGAUUGAAGAUGACCGGAAGACGUUAAUGACCAAACAUUUUCAAGAGUUGAAAGAAAAGAUGGAUGAGCUCCUGCCCUUGAUCCCAGUCCUAGAACAGUACAAAACGGAUGCCAAGUUAAUCACCCAGUUCAAAGAGGAAAUUAGGAAUCUGUCUGCAGUCCUCACGGGAAUUCAGGAAGAAAUUGGGGCCUAUGACUAUGAGGAACUGCAUCAGAGGGUUCUCAGCUUAGAAACCAGGCUUCGAGACUGCAUGAAGAAGCUAACAUGUGGCAAGCUGAUGAAAAUCACAGGUCCCAUUACAAUCAAGACAUCUGGAACCCGAUUUGGAGCUUGGAUGACAGAUCCUUUAGCAUCAGAAAAAAAUAAUCGAGUCUGGUACAUGGAUAGCUACACUAACAAUAAGAUUGUUCGUGAAUAUAAAUCCAUUGCAGACUUUGUCAGUGGAGCUGAAUCCAGGACAUACAACCUCCCUUUCAAAUGGGCAGGGACUAACCAUGUGGUCUACAAUGGCUCCCUCUAUUUCAACAAGUAUCAGAGUAAUAUCAUCAUCAAGUACAGUUUUGACACAGGAAGAGUACUUGCCCAGCGGAGCCUCGAGUAUGCCGGCUUUCAUAACGUCUACCCUUAUACGUGGGGCGGCUUCUCAGACAUCGAUUUGAUGGCUGAUGAGAUUGGAUUGUGGGCGGUAUAUGCAACCAAUCAGAAUGCAGGCAACAUUGUCAUCAGCCAGCUCAACCAGGAUACCUUGGAGGUGAUGAAGAGCUGGAGCACCGGCUAUCCCAAAAGGAGUGCUGGAGAGUCCUUCAUGAUCUGUGGGACCCUGUAUGUCACCAACUCCCAUCUAACUGGAGCCAAGGUUUAUUACUCCUAUUCCACCAAAACCUCCACGUAUGAGUACACAGACAUCCCCUUCCAUAAUCAAUACUUUCACAUCUCCAUGCUUGACUACAACGCAAGAGAUAGAGCUCUAUAUGCCUGGAACAACGGUCAUCAGGUCCUGUUCAAUGUCACCCUUUUCCAUAUUAUUAAGACUGAGGAUGACACAUAAGUGUUGCUUUACUUUUUAUUUUAAUUUAUUUUUUUUAUUUUUUCCAAUUAUCUUAAUGGUGUCAUUUGUGAUAAACUCUAUAGCAUCUCAUGUUUUUCUGUAGUAUGUGUUUUUUUCAUCAUUUGCCAAAAAAGCAUUUUAUACUAUAGUGUGUCACAAAAACACCCGACUGUCCUAAGAUGACUCAUUGGAAAUGCAUCUUAAUUAUGGGAUCUGCAAGGUCUUUCAUGACCUUGUGUGGAAAGCACUAGAGACAGUUUGAGUGGCUAAAGUCAUAGUUUUCAAAAGAUUAAUGAUCUGCCUUAUAUUUGAGUCAGAGACUAAUGGUGGCUUAAAUGCAUGAAUGUCUUUUUUUACUUCUGUCCUUUUUUUAAUCUGUCAAUUUGUUGCUCCACAUCAGGAAUAUUUUGGUAGUAAUUGGAAGCAAAAGUCACACUUUCCCCCCAUUUAUUUCUUAAAAGACACACACACACACACACACACACACACACACACACACACAGAUUCAAGGAUAUGAUUUACUUGGAAAAAUAAAUGUCUCUCAUUUUGCUGUUAUCUAAUUCUCUGAUGAGGUGCUGUAAAGUACAUUUUUAAACCUCUUGCUAACAUUUUAUUGGCAAUAUGUAUUUCUACCAUUGUAACCACCAUUGUGCAAUUGUAUCUCUUCACUUCUGUGAAAGUAAACUAAGUACUAUUUUUUAUAAAA